GCCGUUGCUGUUAGGUCAGCAGAGAGCAGGCUAGCUGGAGCUAGCUCAGAGUCAGCCCUGAUUUAGAGCUUCGCAGUAACACAGCAGCAUCCGUGAUGAUGAUGGCUGCAGAGAGAAAUCACUCCUCCAGGUUCCUCUAAUAUGCUCCCUGUUGGGAGGAUAAAGGAACCACUGGACCAGCCUCAGAAUGACCACCGGAUUCAGCUCCGGUUCCUGCCGGUUCGCAGACUAUUUUGUGAUCUGCGGACUCGACACCGACAGCGGACUGGAGCCAGACGAACUGUCCGCUUUAUGCCAGUAUAUAGAGGCUACUAAAUUCAGAGAUGGGGCCAGAGGAAAAUUGGCGGGGGCAGAAGAAGGUGAGAAUUUUGAGCAGAGUCCACUGCGGAGAACCUUUAAAUCCAAAGUCCUAGCACAUUAUCCAGAUAAUGUCGAGUGGAAUCCAUUUGACCAGGAUGCAGUUGGCAUGCUCUGUAUGCCAAAGGGUCUGGCGUUCAGGACGCAGAUCGAUUCCCGGGAGCCCCAGUUCCACUCCUAUAUCAUCACCAGGGAGGACGGCUCUCGGACCUACGGCUUCGCCCUCACCUUCUUUGAGGAGGUGACCAGUAAACAGAUCUGCAGCGCCAUGCAGACUCUUUACCACAUGCACAACGCGGAGCAGUACGACAUCUUGCACACUCCCACCUCGCCGCCGGGACCCGAGGACCAGCGGCACCUACACCCACACCAUCACUCACACCCACACUCCCAGACUCGCCCCGUGCUCCACGCAGCGCCCGCCAUCUCCCGCCUGCAGCGCUUCAACUCGUACGACAUCAGUCGCGACACGCUGUACGUGUCAAAGUGCAUCUGCCUGAUCACACCCAUGGCCUUCCCUCAGGCCUGCAGGAAGGUGCUAAAGCAGCUUCACCUUGCGGUCUCGUCCCCCCAGCCCCCGCCCCUCCCGCUGGAGAGCUUCAUCUACAACAUCCUCUAUGAGGUGCCCCUGCCGCCCUCCGGGCGCUCCCUCAAGUUCUCCGGCGUGUAUGGACCCGUGGUGUGCCAGAGGCCGAGCACAUCUGAGCUGCCACUCUUUGACUUUGCCAUCGGUGAAAUGAUUAAUCUGCUGGGGAUGGAGAACGUUCUCCAGCUGUUCACCUGCGCCCUGCUGGAGAUGCAGAUACUGCUCUACUCACAGCAUUACCAGAGGCUGAUGACGGUGGCAGAGAGCAUCACGGCCUUAAUGUUCCCCUUCCAGUGGCAGCACGUGUACGUUCCCAUUCUGCCCGCCUCCCUCCUCCACUUCCUGGACGCUCCCGUGCCGUAUCUCAUGGGCCUCCACUCCAACGGGCAGGAUGACCGCACCAAGCUAGAGCUGCCACAGGAGGCUAACUUGUGUUUUGUGGACAUCGACAACCACUUCAUCGAACUGCCAGAGGAGUUGCCCCAGUUUCCCAACAAACUAGAGUUCAUUCAGGAGAUCUCCGAGGUGCUCAUGUCCUUUGGCAUUUCUCCAGAGGGAAAUAUUCACUCCAGCGACAGCCAGGCCAAGUACCGGGGCUUCCGAUCUGUUGACAUGGUCUCCGAUAAGCGCAACGGGAACCUGGCCUCGCCCCUCAACUCCUACCUGCUGAGGGAGAACGAAACCAUCGCCAGACUGCAGGCGCUGGUCAAGAGGACGGGCGUCAGCCUGCAGAAGCUGGAGGUGAGAGAGGACGCCAGCAGCAUUAAGGACGUGCGCGUUCAGUGCGACGAGGAGGAGCUGAAGAUGCAUCAGAUCAACAUCCACGUGCGCGAGGUCUUCGCCAACCGAUUCACCCAGAUGUUCGCCGACUACGAGGUGUUCGUCAUCCAGCCAAACCAGGACAAAGAGUCCUGGUUCACCAAUCGCGACCAGAUGCAGAACUUUGACAAGGCCUCCUUCCUGUCUGACCAGCCAGAGCCCUACCUGCCCUUCCUGUCACGUUUCCUGGAGACGCAGAUGUUUGCCUCCUUCAUCGAUAGUAAGAUCCUCUGUCACGAUGAUGAGGAGAAGGAGCACACGCUGAGGGUGUUUGACUCCCGCGUGGAUAAGAUCCGCAUGCUGAACGUCCGCACGCCCACGCUGCGCACCUCGAUGUACCAGAAAUGCACCAACAUUGAAGAAGCAGAGAAAGCCAUCGAGAUGAGAGUCAUGAAGAUCGACCACACCGCCCUGCACCCCCACCUGCUGGACAUGAAGAUCGGUCAGGGGCGCUACGAGCAGGGCUUCUUCCCCCGACUGCAGUCUGAUGUGCUCUCCACCGGGCCCACCAGCAACAAAUGGACCAAGAGGAGCGCUCCCGCCCAGUGGAGGAGGAGGGACCGACAGAAGCAGCAUGCCGAGCACCUUUAUUUAGACAACGACCAGAGAGAGCAUGUAGAGUGUUUGUUUCCGGAGCUGCAGCUCCUGCUGUUUCUUGACUACUACUGGCUCUCGCAGUCCUUCAAGCCCUGUCUAAAGUCGGUGACUGUGGACGUGAAGUACAUCCAGGAAGCCAGGAACCUGGGCACAACCAUCAGACAGCCCAAACUGUCCAACCUGUCACCUUCUGUCAUCGCUCAGACGAACUGGAAGUUUGUUGAAGGGCUGCUGAAGGAGUGCAGGAACAAGACCAAGCGUAUGCUGGUAGAGAAGAUGGGUCGGGAGGCAGUGGAGUUGGGUCACGGAGAGGUCAGCAUAACCGGCGUCGAGGAGAACACUCUGAUCGCGAGCCUCUGUGACCUGCUUGAGAGGAUCUGGAGCCACGGGCUGCAGGUCAAACAGGGUAAAUCUGCCUUGUGGUCUCACCUGCUGCAUUAUCAGGAGAGCAAAGAGAAGAAGAAUGCAACGCCGGGUGGUUUGGGACCUCCAGGGUUCAUUCAUGACACAGAGAGACGCAAAUCUGAUGGUGGUGGAUCGGCCAUGCCCCCUCUUAAAAUUUCCCUGAUCCAGGACAUGAGACACAUUCAGAACAUCAGUGAGAUCAAGACGGACGUGGGCAAGGCCAGAGCCUGGGUUCGCCUCUCCAUGGAGAAGAAGCUACUCUCCAGACACCUGAAGCAGCUGCUAUCAGAGCACGAGCUUACAAAAAAACUGUACAAGCGGUACGCCUUCCUCCGCUGUGACGAUGAGAAGGAGCAGUUCCUCUACCACCUCCUGUCCUUUAAUGCUGUGGAUUACUUCUGUUUCACCAACGUCUUUACGACCAUCAUGAUCCCCUACCACGUGGUGGUAGUUCCCAGUAAGAAGCUGGGCGGCUCCAUGUUCACAGCCAACCCUUGGGUUUGCGUUUCUGGUGAGCUGGCAGAGACCGGAAUCCUGCAGGUCCCCAGAAAUACUCUGGAGAUCACUUUUGAGUGCCAGAACCUGGGUAAGCUCACCACAGUGCAGAUGGGUCACGAUAACACGGGGCUCUACGCAAAGUGGCUUGUGGAGUGCGUUGUAGUCCGAAACGAGAUCACGGGGCACACUUACAGGUUUCCGUGUGGCCGGUGGUUGGGGAAAGGCGUGGAUGACGGCAGUCUGGAGAGGAUCCUGGUGGGAGAGCUGAUGACCCCCAGCACGGAGAACGAUGAGAGGAUGUGCCGCACACCCCCGAUGCAGCAGUCACCUGGGAUGAUGAGGAGGUUUGUUACCAUCUCGCCAAACAGCAAACCAAAGUUAAACACAGGUCAGAUCCAGGAGGGAGUGGGAGAGGCCAUCAAUGGGAUCGUGAAGCACUUCCACAAGCCGGAGAAGGAGAGAGGCAGUCUGACCCUUCUCCUCUGUGGGGAGUACGGCCUCGUCUGGGCUCUGGAGCAAGUUUUCACGCACGGUUUCAAAUCUCCCCGACUCUUUAAGAAUGUCUUCAUUUGGGACUUCUUGGAAAAGUCACAAGUGUACUUUGAAAGUGCGGAGCAGCGGGAGGUGGCUCCAGAUGAAAACUGGCAAACCAGAGUGCGCCACUUCUGCCGAUUCAUGCGCGCCAUCAACAACACGUCCAGAAACAUCGGCAAAGACGGGAAGUUCCAGAUGCUCGUCUGUCUGGGUGCAAGGGACCAUUUGCUGCAUCACUGGAUCGCUCUGCUCGCAGACUGUCCAAUCACUGCUCAGAUGUACGAAGAGGUCGCAUUGAUGAAGGACCGCUCUUUGGUAAACUCUCUAAUUCGAGUACUACAGACUCUGCAGGAGUUCAACAUCACCCUGGAGGCUUCGCUUGUUAAAGGUGUUGGUAUCUAAAACCAAACCAACUUCCCACCAGUUGUACCUGAGCAGGAUGAUCACUGGGGACCACUAAAAAGAAUAACUGAACCUUUUAUAUGCAGGAAAAAGACUUGAACAAAGGACAUUUUCUGGCUUAUAUUAAAGCUACUGUUACAUUUGCCAUAUAUUAAGUGCAAUGAGCCUUUCAAGAUAUGUUGUUAUUUUUAUCCUCGAUGAUGUUGCCAUUAGAUGUUAAAAAUAUGUUUUCUAUUAUGAACCAUAAUUUUCACAUUAUUGGCGACUUGUGCUAUAAUGUUUUAUUGAAAGGUAAAUAUUUUCAUUGUUAUCGUGAACUGCUGACAAUGGCUAUAUUUAAGGGAAAGUGAGGAUCAAAACUGUUAAUAUAUUUUCAGAGAAAAACAGUAUUAUUUUGUUAAAUCAGUCAAGUUGCUUGCUCUGUUGUCAACUCAGAUUCCAAUGUCAUUACGCAGAGCUUAAAGCAAAUGAUGUAGAAGUAUGCUUUAUAAGUAUGUGUAUGACAGGGGGUUUGUAGUGUGGAAAGUGAUUCACAAAACGGCUGUUACAUUUGGGUCUUUCCUGAGAAAUGUACAAAUGUGCAGAUCUUUUACAUGGAAUACCUUCAGCAGAGAACAUGGUCCUUCUUGCAUGUUAAUAAGACUGUGGCUUAACCUUGUAUCCAGUGAUGGACAGUAUAUUCAGUUGGAUAAAGGAAAAUAUCCCAAGUCUUUGGCUUGUGUUUCACGCACAAAUCCUCCAAGAGAUGCUUGACCCAGCUUUCUGUGCAAAGUGGAUCACAAUGAAAGCCUUCAUGUAAAUACCUCCAACAAGCCCUUUCCCCUACCCUCAUCCCAGCCCUGACACUACAUCGGCCCUCUUCUCUGAAUUUAAACAGUGUGAUGAUCUGUGUAGACUUCUCCUCGUGAUAAAGGAUGGUCUCCUGCUUCCCAUGUGAGGAGCAAAAAGGACCGCUCUUUCCCACUCCUAAUUUUGUCAUCAUGGUUUCUUGCUAUGCAAUACCCACAACAGAAAAUUCAACCCCCCCUACAAACUCCAUACCGCGUCUCUUGAGGUGUUACCAGGGCCCUCCUCCGUUGCAUACUUUGAACUUUACUGUGCAGAACAAGAGAUUUAAUAUGUGAAGGACUUCUUUUCCGUGCCAACAACGUCUGGAAUGACUGUGUUGUACUCGUCUGUGUACGACCCACACAUGAGCAUCUUGGGAGAUAUAUAUUUUUGUUUUCCAAUACUGUUGUACAUUUAUUGACAUAGCUGUGUAAUGUAGUGUUUACUAAGUGAGCAACAGUGUACAGUGUAAAAAUAUAUUAAGAAUAAAGCAUCUGUAAUGCGUUAAAGUGGA